ACAAGUUUAUUUAAAGCCAGCGUGAAAUAACUAUAAGUCAGUUGUUUGAUAAACUUGUAAGUGUAUAAACGUUUCCACUCGUCAUUUCCAAGAUGAUGUCCGCACCAAGAAAUAUCAAUUACGCAGAUGAUAAGAAAAAGAAAUUGGCCUCACCGGAUAGUAGUCCUCCGGACAUUCCAAAGCUCAUGCCAGGGGGAAACUACAUAAAAAUUGGAAAGGAUUCUGCACAUAGCACCUGUCUCAUUUUUGCACCUCCUGCCGAAGAAGUGGGAGUUUUAGCGAAGUACUUGGCCAUUUUUGAAAAGCAUGGAGUCAAUUUACUGCAUAUCGAAUCCAGACCUUCAGCGAAACUGCCCGAAAACUAUGAAUUUAUGGUGGAAUGUGCCCCCUUGGGAAAUAUUGGAGCGGCAAUUGAAGACAUAAAACAUCAGAGUGAAUAUUUGAAUAUAAUCACACGAGACUAUAAAGAUAAUAAAGGAACUGUGCCGUGGUUUCCGAGGCGUAUAAGAGAUUUGGACCGUUUUGCUAAUCAAAUUUUAUCCUACGGCGCCGAACUCGAUUCUGAUCAUCCAGGAUUUACUGACCCGGUAUACAGGGCCCGACGAAAAUACUUUGCUGAUAUCGCAUUCAAUUACAGGCAUGGAGAAAAGUUACCAUUCGUCGAAUAUACUGAAGAGGAAACCGAAACGUGGGGCAAAGUUUUCAGGCAGUUGACAACAUUGUAUCCAACACAUGCAUGUAAGGAACAUAACCACGUUUUUCCACUCCUAGUGGAAAAUUGCGGAUACCGAGAAGAUAAUAUUCCUCAGCUGGAGGACAUCUCGAAUUUUUUGAGAGACUGCACUGGCUUCACCUUGCGACCGGUUGCGGGACUACUUUCCUCCAGAGACUUUUUAGCAGGACUUGCAUUUAGGGUCUUUCACUCUACACAGUAUAUAAGACAUCCCAGCAAACCAUAUUACACGCCUGAACCAGACGUUUGCCACGAAUUACUAGGCCAUGUCCCUCUAUUUGCUGAUCCUGACUUUGCCCAAUUUUCACAAGAGAUAGGCCUUGCCUCACUAGGAGCACCUGAUGAAUUUAUUGAAAAAUUAGCUACAUGUUUUUGGUUCACCGUAGAGUUUGGUUUGUGUAGAGAAAACGGAAAAUUGAAAGCCUACGGAGCGGGACUUCUGUCUAGUUUUGGUGAACUUCAGUAUUCUCUUGAAGAUAAGGCUGAAAUCAGGCCUUUCGAUCCACCAAAAACAGCCCUACAGAAAUAUCCCAUCACAGAAUUUCAGCCAAUAUAUUAUGUUGCAGAAAGCUUUGAAGAUGCGAAAGAAAAAAUGAUAAAAUACGCAGCAACAAUCCCUAAAGGAUUUGGUGUGAGGUACAAUGCCUACACUCAAAGUAUUGAAGUUCUAGACUCGAAACCUCAGAUACAGAGGUUGGUUAACAAUAUCAGUUCUGAAAUGGCAAUAUUGAUAGAUUCCUUGAAGAAAAUGUAACGUACCUUGAAGAAAAUGUAACGUACGAGCUGUUUUGAUAAAUUAGUAUUAUAAACACCGAGAAAAAAGUCCAUUACCAUAUUGAAUUUAAUUUAGUUUUAGAUUAGUGUAGGCUACGACAUAUUUUAUUGUUAUGUAUUCUGUGAUUUUACUCUAAGCUAUGAUUCAAUAAGUGAAUAAAACAUUUCUGUAUUGAA